AUGCGCUUUAAAUAUUCGAGUGAAACAAUAGCUGAACUAUCAAAAUCUAUUGAUCUUGAUUUUGAUCCUCCGUUGAAUCGACGGAAAAAAAGUCACAGGAGAAGCCUCGAUGUGGAUAUAGACUUAUUCGGACAAGGUUCAAGAAGAGCUUCCUUGCUCUCAGAUGAUGAUGUCUAUGAGGAAUCAUCAUUCAUGGGUGAUUAUGACACAGCUCGUGUCCUAUCGUCCACAUCACCACCAUAUCCAUUAAGGACAAUCAAUGAAAAUAUGAGAGAUCAAACAAGCAAUGACUCCAUUUGUACAACUUUGCUCUCCACUUCCUUAUGCUCAUAUCGACCUCAACGAUCUCAAAUUUCAUUGGAUAAUUCUUGUUUUGAUCUCUACGAUGGAACUGAGAAUUGCACUUCAACCGUUGGAACUCCGGUUGAAAAAAUGUUUCCCAAAGAUAUGUAUAGCCUUUAUGAGAAAAUGGAUCAACUUAAAAGAGAUAUUAGCAUCCAAAAGGAAGAGAUUGCCUGCUUCUCAUCACCAGAUUCCCUCCUGACUUCGAACAAGAAUGAAAACAUUCAAAAACAAAAUUUAUCAGACGAAAUCGAGCUUGAACCGUCAACUUCUUUAGCAGUUCAGGACACAAUUCAUAUUUCGAAACAGCUGCAAUGGGAAUGCAAGAGCUCAUCCAGUUCCAUGAACUCAAUCCCUGACGAAAACUACAUAAAAGCUUAUGAUCCUCAUACGUCCCAUCAUCGGGAGCCGUCCCCCGUUGUUCGCCAGUGUGGAGGUCGUUUAUCCAUCCGAUAUCGGAAAUUGAAAGGAGAUCAAGCGAUCUUAUUAGCUCAACGAGCAACACCUCCGAAGCUGGAUUUGGUUGUUGGAGGACCAGGAUGUGCCUCCAACAGUCAACCACAAUUCCCUCCUUCACCUAUCUCACCACCACCGAAAGAUUCUCUUCCGCUAUCCCAAUGUGGCAUAAGUGAUCCGAUGGCAGCGAUUCCAUUCAUCUUAAGACCAAUGAGCGAAAAAAAACAACAAAUUGGUCGAAGAUGUGGAAACUUGCGGAUGAUUGAGAGUUUGAGGUGUAAAGUUGUUUCUCUAAAAGGCUUGAAAGGUCAUGGAAAUAAGCCAAUUUUCCUAGUAGCCAAGUUAGAUCAUAAGGAUAUACACCUCUCAUCUCCGUUGGUCCGUGAAACGACUGAUAAUGUGCUCGAUGAUUUUCUUUACGAAGGAAGCAAUACUUUCACCAAUUUUCAUCUUGUUGUCCUAGAAGGCUCUCGUACACCUGGCAAAACACCUCGUCCUAUUGGAAGAAUAUCAUUGAAUCGUCUUGAAAUCAUAAAGAAUACUGGAAACGACAUGGUUCUACCUUUGAAAGCAGUCAGCAAAUGUCAAGAAGUUCAAGGGCAGUUGUGUCUGGAUAUUCGACGUGAUAAUGGUCAUUUCUCUUUGCGAGUUGUUGAUCACAGUGGUCUAGGCUUAAGUGACGAUCACGAACUUUAUCUUCUCGUUUCAACGCCAAAUACAAAACAGGAGGCAAAACUUCGUAUUCAUCGUGGACGAUUUAGUGAAGAAUGGCUGAAGAUAGAAUGUGACGAAGGCUUGUUAUCAAUCAAAAUGACUCUCUGGCAUGACUUAUUAUGCGGUUUAAAUUCUGUUUAUCAUGGACAAGUACGUGUUGAUGUGGAUGAUAAGUGGACGAAUGGCCCAACGAAAUGGUUUUACUUACGUCCCGGAAGUGGCGAUGUUAAAGAAGGAGAAUCAACAACAGUCGCUGUAAGAUCUGAAAACAUCAUUAAUCCUUCAUUGGGAGAAGCGAAAAUUCUCAUCACAUAUACGGCUGACCAUGUGUUUUCAGCUGAAGUUUAUCAGCCAUUGAUGUCUCUGCUGGCUUCAUCCUUAACAGUUAAUCCUUUCUCAGCCAGUCUUAUAUCAAUUAUGGAAAACUUACCUAAGGUUGAUCUCGGGCUCUUAUCGCGUCCAUUAGUUCAAACAUUUGCAUAUUCAAGACAUCUCAGGCCGUUACUUGUCGCUCUCUAUAUCACAGAUAUUCAAAAGUGCCAAGAUUAUAAUACAUUGUUUCGUAGUCAAACACUAGCAACUAAGAUGCUUUAUGAGUUAUUGAAGAUAUACGGUCAUUCCUAUCUACUAGUCACAUUGAAACCUGUAAUUGAUAAAAUUUACAAAGAAAGAAAAUGCUGUGAGAUUGAUCCUGCACGUGUCAAUCAAGGCGAAAGUGUCGAAAAAAAUGCAACUCAAUUACUACUAUACUUCCAAAUGAUUUUCAAUCGAUUAAUGGAUAGUGUCUCAAGGUGUCCUUUACCUAUUAAAAACAUUUUAGCCGAUUUGCGGAAUGUUGUUGCCGAGAAAAUUGGCAGAAUCGAUGUGGAGCGAUUGGCUCUAUCAUCAUUUAUCAUUAUGAGGUUCUUCGCAGCCGCCAUACUAAAUCCGAAGCAUUUCGGUUUGAAGAGAGAUUCACCUGAUUCACGUGUUUCAAGAACGUUGUUACUGCUAUCGAAAAUGCUCCAACGACUUUCAAACAGCUGUGUUAGUGACCAAUCUUUAAGUACAAAAGAACCUUGGCUCAGUGAGGUUCUAACUCGAAUAACAGAUGAUCGUCAUCGAUGCGAAAUGGUUCGAUUCCUUGAUCGAGUUUCAUUGUACUCCAACGAAUCCUGCAGCUCUUCUGAUAGUAUCGUUGUUCUCAAAGAAGGAUAUCUGAUUGAAACCAGAAGUGGAGCUCGUCCAGCAUGGCGGAAGAUGCUUCAUCAAAAGAAGCGUUACGUCAUUCUAACAGAUAUGGAAAUCAUGUGGCAAAAAAGUCAUCGAGGUGAUUUGGAUCCGAAGGGUACAAUAGCCUUGACUGAUAUAAAAAACAUAACUCUUGAGAAUAAGAAUAUUCUUGUUCUGAAGACUAUAAAUGAGGAUGAAAUAUCAUUUGCGUGUAAUUCGAUAAUCGAAGCUAAUGAUUGGUUUUCAAUCAUUGAUAAACAGAGGGCUCGAGCUAGACGCUUAACAUCUAAGUCGGAACUCUGUGAUCUUUUCGACAGCGAUUUCGAACGAGAAAUGGAAUCUCUGCACGUUUUAUUGGUGGAACAUGUGAAUACAUUAACCAUUUGGAAAACAUUCCUAGAAGGAAACGAUACUUCCCAGCAAAAUUCUCCUUUACCUCCUGAACUAGAAGGAAACCAUUUGAAGCCGGAAGAGCGUGAAAAGCACCGAACGAUUCUAUUAUCAACUCUGACUCAAAUAUUAAGCGCUAUAUUAACAAUCGAGUCGGCUCAUCAAGAAGCCAUUGAUAAGUAUAUGAAUACGAUCUCAAAAGAACGCGGAACAAGGGAAAAUCCAAUUGGAGCUGAAAAUUACAUGUUGUUAAACAGAAAACUUCAAUUAAGUUGA